AUGUCUCGCCAACACUUCGGUAUAACCGGCGCACUCUCCGGGCUCACCACGAUGCUAGUCACCCUGCUGCUUACCGCGCUCUUUCCCACGCUCUCCCUGGCGCAGCGGCCCGAACCAACCAUCUACAAUGCCUCCUCCACCAAGUAUGUCUACGAGGGCUGCUAUAACGAGACGACGGGCAUCUCGGGCACGAACGGCGACCGUGCCCUCAGCGGCGGCAUUCAUAUGAUCGGCAUAGGCAACAUGACGGUGCCGAUGUGCCUGGAUUACUGCGGGAGCGGGUCCGUGACCUACACGUACGCCGGCAUCGAAUACUCCCGCGAGUGCUGGUGCGCACAGCACAUCAGCGGGCUGUCUGUCAAGUUUGCGGAUAAUGAGUGCGAUCUGGGCUGCGACGGCAACCAGACGCAGACGUGCGGAGGCACGCUGAAGCUGACGGUAUAUGCGCUUGGGGGAGCUGCAUCCAUGAAGGCCAUGCCAGGAAUUCUGUUGUUAUUCCUGGCCGCAGCAACGGCCUUCAACCUUUUCUAA